CAAGAUAAUAUACUUGUGGAGACCUUGUGUUACACAUACUGCUCCUUAAUUCCCAUAUCACCAUAUAAACUCAAUCCAACGGCUCACAUUUACUUCAAAAAUCAUCCACAGAAACACGUAAUUAUUAUAUAUCAUCACUAACACUUAGCUUCUACACUUCACUAUUCAAAUUCAACCAAAAUUGAUAAGUUUUUGAAGCUAUAAGAGAAUUAAUGGCUUCUAUCACCAUGUUGUCAAUAGUUCCAACACCAAGAAGAGUGUUUGUAGCUACAGCUACAAAGGGUACAAGUGGUGGUGGUAGCAGCAAAGAAGAGAAAGGAUUGUGGGAUUGGAUUGUUGGUGGUUUAGCAAAAGAAGAUCAGUUAUUAGAGACUGAUCCUAUUCUCAAGAAGGUUGAAGAGAAGAGUAGUGGAGGCACUACUACUAAAGGUGGCACUACUACUAGAGGUGGAACAACUAAUGGUGGCAAGAAUUCUGUGGCAGUUCCACAAAAGAAAAAAGGUGGUUUUGGAGGAUUAUUUGCCAAGAAUUAAUUUGAAGUAAUGUUUAUGCAAGAACACUUUAUAUUCAGAUUUUGAAUCUAUUUACUGUUAUGAGGUCUUUUUAAUAUGUUGUUUAUAUUUCUGGUUUAUAUUGAAAUUUAUAGAACAAACCAAUUGAUUCAUCUUGGUUAAGUAGCUGAGACAUUUCAUAUUAAAGGUGUGUCUGAUGUUCGACACAUGUGACUAUAUGCAAAUACUUAUAUUAUUUGUUUA